AUGAGUCUCCUUUGUUGGAACUGCCGUGGGCUUGGGAUCUCACGGACAGUUGAUCAGCUCAUGAAUUUGGUACGGGCUAAAGAUCCCUCCGUCGUGUUUUUAGCCGAGACAUGGACGGAUGAAGCAAGGCUAAUACAAGUACAAGAGCGAUUGAAAUUCAAAAACAAAUUUAUAGCCCCUAGGAGGAAUCAGUCAGGGAGCUUGGUAGUUUUUUGGAAGGAAGAUUUUGACCUCACAGUUGAAACUUUUUCAAAGAAUCACAUUGACACUACGAUAAAGAAGAACACUGAGGAAGAAUGGAGAUUUACAGGCUUUUAUGGUGAGCCGGAUACACGAGAUAGACAUGAAGCUUGGUUAAAACUGAGAUCUUUGAAGAACCGUGGGUCGGCUCCUUGGCUUUGUGCGGGUGAUUUCAAUGAAAUCACCAAACAAUCUGAAAAAAGAGGGGGACGGAUUAGACCUCACAGUCAAAUGCAACCGUUUCGAGACGUGUUGGAUGAAUGUGGCUUUAUGGACACGGGAUACAUUGGUCCUCAAUUUACCUGGCAUAAACACUACGCUGGGUACACAGUGUGGGAGCGACUAGACAGGGCGGUAGCGACGAACGAUUGGUUUGAAAAAUUCCCGGACACUAAGGUUUAUCACUUAGAUGUUACUACAUCUGAUCACAAGCCUUUGUGGGUUGUUCCGGAGAUCAUGGAGAGUUACCAACAGCGCCCUUUCCGUUUUGAACAAAUGUGGAUGACAGAGAGUGGAUGCAGUGACACUAUAGAAGCAGUUUGGAGGAGUGGGGAUUUUGACCCACGGUCUAUCAAGUUACUAAACAAGGUGGACAGGUGUGGUAUUGCUCUUACAAAAUGGAGCAAGAUGAACUUUGGAACAAAUCCAGAUAGCUUUGAUGAGGUGUUGGACGAAAUACCACACUUGGUAACUUCAUAUAUGAAUGCCCAGUUGACAGACACGUUUUCAGCAGUUGAGGUGGAAGCGGCCUUGAAGGAGAUGGCACCGUUAAAGGCCCCAGGGCUCGACGGAAUGCCACCGGUAUUUUACCAAAGCUAUUGGUCACUUGUAGGCUCCGAUUUCAAUGAGGCGAUCCUUCACUAUUUGAAUACCGGCUCCCUACCCCAAUCUUUAUGCCACUCUUUCAUCACACUCAUUCCCAAGGUCAAGAACCCAGAACUUAUCUCUCAAUAUAGACCUAUCUGUUUAUCUAACGUGCUUUUCAGGGUCUUCUCCAAGGUUUUGGCAAAUAGACUAAAAUCUGUUUUGCCGGGACUAAUCUCAGAGCAUCAAUCUGCUUUCUUGACGGACAGGCUCAUCUCGGAUAACAUUAUGGUGGCCUUUGAGACCUUGCACUACAUGCGAAACCACAGUUCCAGGAAAACAGGAUUUAUGGCUCUAAAGUUAGAUAUGAGCAAAGCGUACGACUGUGUGGAAUGGCCAUUCAUGGAAAAAUUGUUGAUAAAAAUGGGCUUCAACGAGAGAUGGGUCCAACUCAUGAUGAUGUGUAUUACUUCAGCAACUUACUCAAUCCUAAUCAAUGGAGAAGCACAAGGGCAUAUUACUCCAACUAGGGGACUUAGACAGGGCGAUCCACUAUCUCCCUAUCUUUUUCUUCUAAGCACGGAGGGGCUGCAUGGUUUGAUCAAAAAGGCUACAGCAGUGGGGGAUAUUCGGGGCAUCUCAAUUUGUCGAAGUGGCCCUAAAUUAACUCAUCUGCUAUUUGCGGAUGACAGCCUGGUCUUUUGUAGGGCAACAGUGAAUGAAUGCCAAAAGCUAAUGGAGAUACUCUCAACCUAUGAGAGAGCAUCGGGGCAGAAGAUAAAUAGGGACAAAACAAAUCUUUUUUUUAGUAAAUCUACUUCACAGGAUAUGCAAAUGCUGAUCAAAGACACCACUGGAGUUCCUAUUGAUAUUGAAGCGCUGAUAAGGAGAUUCUUUUGGGGCCAAAAGGGUGAUAGCCGAAAAAUACACUGGGUUAAGUGGCAGGAGCUGUGUAAAUCCAAGAACCAGGGGGGAAUGGGUUUUAAGGAUUUAGCAAUGUUCAACGAUGCACUCCUAGCAAAACAAACUUGGCGGCUACUCCAUGACACAAACUCUCUAUUCUACCGGGUGUUUAAGGCGAAAUUUUUCCCAAAUAGCUCAAUCAUGGAAGCCUCAGUACCAUCUUCUUCGUCAUACGCUUGGAGGAGUAUAAUCCAUGGGAGGGAUGUUAUCAAAAAAGGAUCGGUCUGGAGAAUUGGGAAUGGGAAGAGCGCACAGAUUUGGGGUGACAACUGGCUUCCAAGUAGGCACCAACCCCAAAUAAUUUCACCGUGUUUGCAGGCUAAGCAAGACAUGAAAGUUACUCUGCUUAUUGACCAGGAAAACAGAGGAUGGAGAGAUGAAUUAUUAAAUCGAUAUUUUUUCGAUUUUGAAGCAGAACUUAUCCGGACAAUCCCAAUAUGCAGAUUUGAGCAAGAUGAUACGUUGAUAUGGCCCCACACUCCUAACGGAGAGUACACAGUGAAAUCUGGGUAUAGCUUUCUCCAAACAGAAGCUCAACUACACCUACCUGGCCCAUCUGACCCAGGUAUGAUCAAACCUCUUUGGCAGGCGAUAUGGAGGAUGAAUGUGCAAAGUAAGAUUAAGAACUUAGUGUGGCGAGCAUGCCGUGACGCUUUACCAUCCAAACAGAAUUUGGUCAAGCGAAAGAUUCUUACUGAUGCAACUUGCGACAUUUGUCAAUCUGAAGUGGAAGAUGGUGUACAUGCUUUCUUCAAGUGCCCAAAAAUCUCAGCUCUUUGGGAACAGGUGCCCGUAUGGAAGGUGGAUGUUUUAAAACGAUGUCCAAAUUUCAUAGACUUGCUGGGAUGUAUUUUUGCAGAAAACAGGGACCCGGAACUAUUCUCUACGGUGGUAUGGUUUUUUUGGAACCAGAGAAACAACUUGCGGCUUGGCAAAGGGUCAAUCCCUCUGGACCAAGUGUUGCAGCAAGCAAGAAACAAACUGCAGGAGUUUCAGAGGGCUCAGACCAGAACAGGGGCUGCAUUGACAAGACACAGCUCUUCACAGUGGCAGCCACCACCUAGCUCGGUUUAUAAGAUAAACUUCGACGGCGCUCUAUUCAUGCAGGAACAGCGAGCUGGCAUAGGGGUAGCCAUUCGAAAUAAGAACGGGCUCAUCAUGGUUUCAUCCUCUCAACAGAUUCCCCUCCCAGGUACAGUGGUUGAAGUAGAGGCAUUGGUAGCAAGGAAAGCUCUAGAACUAGCUCUUAACUGUGGUCUUGAUAGAGUAAUUCUUGAGGGUGAUUGCAAAAUUCUCAUGAAGACUCUCCAGACGGCCUCCAAGUCCCUGGCACAAUUUGGAAAGAUUGCGGAAGAUAUACGAGUUUAUGCUUCAAUGUUUCAAGAUAUAAGUUUCUCACAUGUACGUAGGAAUUGUAAUUCAGUUGCUCACUCAUUAGCAAGAAGAGCAAUUCUUUCGCCUCAUUUUUUAGUCUGGAUGGAGGAUGUUCCACCAAAUGUUGAACCGGUUUUUCAGGCUGAUUUAAGGAGCCUACCUUAA